UCUGCUCCAGUGAGUUUGCCCUCCCAGCUCCACACCUGAGAAGACACGACGCCGGCUGAAGGCAAGAGCUCCAGCUCCAUUUAAAGGACAGAAAUGGGUGACUUUCCUUUUCUCGAGCUUUUUCUGGGUGUCUUCGGCUUCGGACUUGGCAUCAUGUUCUGCACCACCUUCUGCAGAUGUUGCCUUCGCUUGAGGGAACAGCAGGCGCAGAGGGAAGCACAGAUGCACAUCGAGCGCGAUGGUCACACGCGCUCCAUCUAUUUCAUUCCCUUCCCACGACGCUUAUCGCGUCCGUCCAGUGAAGACCCUCAAAGUCCUGAUCUUCUGGAUGAGGUCCACAGACCUCCACGAUACAGCACCACCGUCUUCUACGAGCUUCCGCCUUCCUAUAACGAGCUAGGACUUAAGCCAGAUGAUUCCCCCCCUCCAUACACGGAACAUGACUUUUCCACGUUACCCCCACCACCUCCUCCACCCCCACUGCCCCCUACAAACACCCCACACUCAAGAAUACAGGCCCUCCCGUAGGGCAUCCUCCACCUGUGCCAGUUACGGACAGUCCGGCACUCCCUCAUGGACAUCAGUCUGCAAACGCCUGCACUCCGCUGGUUUUCGUCUUUAUUUUGAAGCUCCUUUUUUUAUUACGGCGAGGAAAGACGAGAGCUGCUGACAUGCAAAAGGCUGUAAAAGUGCGGCAGUUUCUCACUAAACUGAAGCAGACUUUGCUCUCAGUGUUGGUUUUGUUCAAAUGUGUUGUUGCAUAUGCUUCAUUUCCUCCUCAGGGACAGUUUGUCUGUUCAGCUUUUUUUGCAUUUCGGCGUCAAAGUUUUAAAGUUUAUUUUAUAAGAACGGACACAUUUUGAGCCGUGCGAUUUACCCCAAAAAUAGAAUGUAAUUUUCCAAACGUCGUCUAUUUAUCUGCAUAAAAAAAUGGGUUGCACUUUGUUGAGUUUUCAUCUUCAGAACCCAAUUUCUUAUCUUGAGGUGUCUAAAUGCUUAUUUUAUAAAAUAACUUUGUUAUUAAACACAUUUUUAUAAUUUCCAAAAAA